CGACAGAGAGAGGGAAGAAGUUUAGAGGGAGAAACGCUUUGCAUUUUAGAGAGAGACGCGAGCGGGGAGGGAGACGGAGACGGCGCUUCGAUAUGGGGAGGAGAGCUCCGGCGGGCCUGGGGGCGGCGCUUCCGCUGAUCGCGGCGUUGCUGACGUUUCAUUUCGUCGCGGAUGAGGCGGAGGCAAUAUGGCUGAACGUGCCGGCGUCGGGGACGAAGUGUGUGUCGGAAGAAAUCCAGCACAACGUUGUCGUUCUAGCUGAUUACGUGGUCGUAUCGGAGGAUCAUGGCCACUAUCCCACCAUCUCAGUCAAGGUAACAUCACCAUAUGGGAACAAUCUUCAUCACAAGGAGAAUGUAACCCAUGGCCAGUUUGCAUUUACUAGUGACGAAGCUGGCAACUAUUUGGCAUGCUUCUGGCUUGAUAACCAAAAUCACGGUGAAGUAAGCGUUAACCUUGACUGGAAAAUUGGAAUUGCAGCAAAAGAUUGGGAGUCAGUUGCAAAGAAGGAGAAGAUCGAGGGUGUGGAGCUGGAGCUCCGGAAACUCGAAGGUGCAGUCGAAGCCAUCCAUGAAAAUCUACUCUAUCUCCGGGGCAGAGAAGCUGAGAUGAGGGUGGUGAGUGAAAAAACAAACGCCAGAGUUGCUUGGUUCAGUAUCAUGUCCUUGGGCAUCUGCAUCAUCGUCUCGGGUCUGCAGUUGUGGUACUUGAAGCGAUUCUUUCAAAAGAAGAAGCUCAUCUAAGUUUUCACUGUUAGUGUAGAUACCUUUGUCUUCCUUGAGGAAAGGAGAGUUGCCCUGUUUUUCUCUUUUCUUAUUUGCACAUUUUUAAUUCAAAUAAUUUUUAACUUUCUGAUUAGUGUUCUUAGAAGGGAAUUUUGGUGUUUCUAGUAUACAGUAAGAAAUAGUAUCAUUGCCUGGCCACUUAAAUUCGAAAAUCUUCUGUCA